AUGGCUCCCUUUGGGCCAAGAAGCACAGAGCCCUCAGACGCCCAAAACCACGAAAGAAUAGCCCACGACGGCCAUGGCGACGGCCAUGGCUCCUCUCUUGGCGCGAUACCGAGUGCUUUGCGCCACGUCAAUGACGAGCCUCUACCCGACCCCCUCGAAAUCACGGCCGCCCAGAAGAUGCUCUCGGCGACGUCGGGCAGUUUAUUGACGGGCUUGCUAGUUACGCCUCUCGAUGUCGUGCGUGUUAGGUGGCAAUCGCAGAGCAUUUCGACCGUCGCUCCUGCGCCGCUCCCGGCUGACUUCCAACGCCUCGCCCUGUCGACUCCAAGCGCCUUCCGACCGUCAAAUCUAGGCGUGACGGCAUGCUGCCGCGAGGUCUUCUUCAUGAAUAACACGACUGAGGCAUGCCUCGCCGGCCCGCGCAUCGGCCCCGGCAUCGUCCACAACAGCGGCGGAGUAGAAUGCGCCGUGGAACAGACGCGGCAGCGGGCCUUCACCUCGACCAUCGACGGCCUGCGCAAGAUCGCGCGCAACGAAGGUCUCACAACCCUGUGGCGUGGCCUGUCGCCGACGCUGAUAAUGGCGGUGCCGGCCAAUAUCAUCUACUUCACGGGCUACGACUGGCUGCGAUAUAACACGCGGAGUCCCAUCCAGCGGGCCGCUGUCCGGGACGAAUACGCGCCUUUGGUGGGGGGCGCCCUCUCGCGCGUGCUCGCCGCCACGGCCGUCGGCCCUAUCGAGCUGUUCCGCACUCGUAUGCAGGCCUCCUCGUCCGGCUCGUCCACGGGCAACCACUUGGCCGACACGUUCCGCGACAUCAAGCAGAUGGUGGGCCUGCAAGGCUACUCGGCGCUGUGGCGGGGCCUGACGCUCACCCUGUGGCGCGACGUGCCCUUCUCGGGCAUGUAUUGGUGGGGGUACGAGAUGAUCCGGGGCAAGCUGACCGACGCGCGGGAGCCCUCCAAGAGGGCUAGCAGCGACCCGUUGGAUCUGGAUGUCGCCAGCAACACCACCAUCAGCCGCCAGGCCCGAAGCAGGGCCAGGCGCAACUCGCAGAGCCGCGAGAACCACGCCGAGACCUUCACCGACAGCUUCAUCGCCGGCGCCCUGUCGGGCGCCUUUGCCAGCGUCGCCACCAUGCCCUUCGACGUUGGCAAGACGCGCACCCAGGUCUUCCGCGACACGGGGUCCGCCGCCGCCGCCGCCGUGCCCGAGGAGAGGAGCAUGGCCCGCCUGCUAUGGCAUAUCUUCUCGACCGAGGGCGCGGCCGGGCUGUUCAAGGGCUGGAUUCCUCGAACCCUCAAAGUGGCUCCCGCCUGUGCCAUCAUGAUCAGCAGCUACGAGGUCGGCAAGCGCGCCUUCAGGGGCGUUAAUGAGCGGUCCUUGCUAAAGAACGAGCGCGAGCCUUAG